AGGAGUAAUGCAGGCCAUAGAUGGAUAUACUGAAUGCGGGGUCCGGGGAGAGCGGAUAUAGUGAAUGCGGGUCCGGGGAGAGCGGAGAUAUACUGUGAAUGCGGGGUCCGGGGAGAGCGGAUAUAGUGAAUGCGGGGUCCGGGGAGAGCGGAUAUAGUGUAUGCGGGGGGUCCGGGGAGACCGGAUAUAGUGAAUGCGGGAUCCGGGGAGAGCGGAUAUAGUGAAUGCGGGGUCCGGGGAGAGCGGAUAUAGUGAAUGCGGGGUCCGGGGAGAGCG